AUGACCCAGAACGCUUUAUCCAGUAUGCCUGCUUUCUCAGAACUGUCAAGCCCUCAGUACCAAAAACCGGUUCCACGGCCGCUGAAGUCACCAACAAAAACCAAAGACAUUCGAUCCCACAACCGUCGCCGUGAGUUUCUCAACAGGAACCCCAACUACUUCGAAAAUCCCGAUCAUGAGCUUGCUGAUCCUUUGCGUUACGACGCUUUGGUGCGAAAAUUCCAGACACUGGCUGAGCGAGAAGCUGCGAGCCGGACUAAAGCUUACUCUCGUGUCUUGGAAGAAUCUCUAAUGAGAGGGGAAGCUCGCCUAGCAGAUUUGGUCAAUUCAUCGACCGAUGGCGAGGCUCCUGGGCCGACCGAACUCGCUAAAGAUUUUACCACGGAAUCUGAUUUGUCUACUGCCAAGACCAAAGAAGAGGGACUGGAGAGAUGGAUCGAGUUCUUAACAGAACGCUUUGUUCAUGGCAAGGACAGUGACUUUGACUACAAUCAGGUCGAUAGCAAUGACGAAUAUGACGCCAUGGAAAGACGCGAUGCCGAGGAAGCAUGGUUUGAUGCAGAAGAUCCCAGCUGGGCUAGUGACGUUGCCAGUUCAGGAAAGCAAAAGCAAGGUGAAACUGGCAUCCAGGAUUUCUAA